UUUGAAACCUCGCGCAGCUCUGGUCGUCGCUCUUCUGUCCGUGUUGCCACCGUGAUUUUGUAUCGGAAAAGAGAGUGUGGAGAAGGGAAAGAAAGCGUUCCUGUUUGCUUCACGUGCCUGCAGAUAAACAAAGCAAUUCAGCAAUCGAAAUACCAACGCGCAUAUCGCGACAAGGCAACACGAUAUAAUAGUGCUGCAAUUUUCUUUAUUUGGUGCAUAUCCGGAAAAUUACAGCUAAGAGGCAGCCGAACUCAGCGCAAAGAAAAAAACACAACACCUAGAACUCUUUACGCACCCACCGCAAGAUGUCGCUGCUGCUCACAGGAAACAGUGCCUCCCUUUCCGAGGAGGAGCUCGACGAGUACUCCGAUGGAACCGUCAAAUUGCGCAACUCAAACAUCGAGCUCAUGGACCAGGACAUCCUGUAUCACCUGGCAUUGGGCAGCGAGAGCCACGAUCUGCAGGAGAUGUUUGGCGAUGUUAAGUUCGUUUGCAUGGGCGGCACACCAAAGCGCAUGGAGAACUUCGCCCAUUUCAUAAUGAACGAGAUCGGCUACAAGUUGCCAGCGGGCACCCAACUGCAGGACAUCAGCGCCUAUUCGUAUCGCUACUCGAUGUACAAAGUGGGCCCGGUGCUAUGCGUCAGCCAUGGCAUGGGAACGCCCUCGGUGAGCAUCCUGAUGCACGAGAUGAUCAAGCUGAUGUACCACGCCAAGUGCAAGGAUCCCGUGUUCAUCAGGAUAGGAACCUGCGGAGGAGUGGGUGUUGACGGCGGCACCGUCAUCAUCACCGAAGAUGCCCUCGAUGGGCAGCUGAGGAACUCCCAUGAGUUUACCAUUCUCGGCAAGACCAUUCAUCGUCCUGCGAAGCUGGACAAAAAGCUGGCCCGUGAGCUAAAGUCCCUGGCCAGUCCCGAUGAUCCGUACGACACCAUCAUUGGCAAGACGCUGUGCACCAACGAUUUCUACGAGGGCCAGGGCCGUUUGGAUGGCGCAUUCUGUGAUUUCAGCGAGAACGAGAAAAUGGACUAUCUGGAGAAGCUGCGCGAGAACGGUGUGGUCAACAUCGAGAUGGAGAGCACCAUCUUCGCGGCCCUCACCCACCAUGCCGGCAUCAAGGCAGCGGUGGUGUGUGUGGCCCUGCUGAAUCGCCUGAAUGGGGAUCAGGUCAACGCGCCUAAGGAAGUCAUGAACGAGUGGCAAGCGCGUCCGCAGAUCCUUGUGUCGCGCUACAUUCGUAAGGUCCUUACGCACAAUGGACAGCUGAAGUCGCUGUUUGGACACCAGGGAUCCAUCAAGUCACCAAGGCGCUUCAAGCUCGUCCAGCAGGAGUCUCAAGCCCACGAGUAAACUGGUCCACAUAACCAGUUCCAUCUCAUUUCACCUUCUUACAUUAUAUGUGCGCAUCUCUCCAGUAUACAAUGGUGUUUCAACAUUCCCUAGUUUAGCUCUGAUUAAGUUCCUAGCUUUAUUUCUGUGUAUAUCGCCCACAACCUCAUUGGAUAAUUUAAAACCGAGCAUAUUGUACGUAUAUUCAUUGAGCUGCCAGGCGCUGAAAUAUGUUAACACAAUUUAAUAUAUAUAUAUAUAUUGUAUAUCAAUAACAUAUGAAAAUAGUAUCACUGAGUGUGACGUUCAAAGGUUAUCAGAAAUAAACGCUUUUGAGAUCACAAACAAAAUAACGAAUAAUAUAGAAGAAUUAUGAAAUUGUUAAUUGUUAUGUUGCAUAUUUUAAAUGGGGCUUAUCUAUUAAGCAAAAGUUCAACAAUAAGAAACACACUUAAUGCUACAUUUCCAUUUUAUAAAUUAUUAUAUUACAAUGUAUUGAAAUUCCUAAAGAUUUGUUAAUCGUACGUGUUGAUUAGUGUUGCUACCGUACACUCGUCUCUAAACCAAAAAAAAAAACCAACAGCACUUUAUCUUUCUCUGUCUAGUUAUAUCCAAAUUUAAUGAAAACAAUACGAUGAAGAACAAAAUGCUGAAAAUAACAUCAAUACAAUUACGUUUAACACACGACAAAACCAAAUAUACAAAUUAUAUUGUAAAAACGAAAUUUAUGAAAAAUAUUUCAACGGUAUAUUAAAAGAAAUUGUAAUUAAAUUAUACAA